UGGGUGAUGCACAGAGACGCGACACCGGGGCAGGAAUGGGGAGUACGGGACCGGGGGGACGCACCGGGAAUGGGCUCAGGACCGGGAGCAAUUUUGGGGAGGGGAAAAGAACCGACACCGGGAGAGCACCGGGAUCGAGAACGGGCUGGAACCGGGACCGGGACCGGGACCGAGUGAGGAGGGGCCGGGACUCGGGGCAUCCCCGGGAGCGGGCGGGGCCGAGCUGGCCGGAGAUGUCAGCCCCGCGUCCCCGUUGUCCCCAGCGGCCCCCGGGGCUCAGCAUGGCGGGCCGGGGCCGCGGCCGGGGCCGGGGCCAGAUGACAUUUAACGUGGAAGCCGUGGGGAUCGGGAAGGGGGACGCGCUGCCCCCUCCCACGCUGCAGCCCUCUCCUCUCUUCCCGCCCCUGGAGCGCCGCGCCGCGCCCCUGCCCGGCGGCGAGGAGGGCGAGUACAUGCUGGCCCUGAAACAGGAGCUGCGCAGGGCCAUGAGGGGGCUGCCCUACUUCAUCAAACCCGGGGCGCCCCGCAGAGACAUCGAGCGCUACUCGGACAAGUACCAGCUCUCCAGCCCCGUGGACAGCGCCAUCGACUGGAACCCAGACUGGAGGCGGCUCCCGCGGGAGUUGAAGAUCCGGGUGCGGCGGCUACGCAAAGGGACCCCCGGCCUCGUCCCCAAGCGAUGCGCGGCCCUGGACAAGGAGGAGACGAUUAAGAAGCUGGAGAGCCUGGAGAAGAAGGAGGAGGAGGUGACGUCCGAGGAGGAAGAGGAGAAGGAGGAAGGAGAAGAGGGCAAGGAGGAGGAGGAGGAGGAGUACGAUGAGGAGGAGCACGAAGAGGAGACCGACUACGUCCUGUCCUACUUCGACAACGGGGAGAGCUUUGGCCCCGACAGCGACGACAACGGCGACGAGGCGGUGUACUGAGCCCCAGAGGGGCGUCAGCGCCCCGAGAGCGGGGACCCCCAGAGCCCUGGCACGGCGAGGGACCCCUGGCACGGCGAGGGACCCCUCGCCCCACCCACGGGACACUGGGGGACCCCCUCACCCCACCCACAGGGCACUGGGGACCCCCUCGGUCCUGCUGUCCUGGUUAUCAGGGGUCUCCUCUCCUCCCCAGGGCAAUGGGGACCCCCUCACCCCACCCACAGGACACUGGGGACCCCCUCAAUCCUGCUGCUGGAAUCAGGGGUCUCCUCACCUCCCCGGAACACUGGGGACCCCCUCACCCCUCCCACGGGACACUGGGGACCCCCUCUCCCUGCUGCUGGAAUCAGACGCUCUCUCAUCCCUGGGGACAUCGGGGUCCCGCUGUCGCCCCCCUUUGGGGUCUCCUGUCCUGUCAUUCCCCGCAUCACCACCAGAUGGCGCCCGCGGUCCACAGCCGCAUCACCACCAGGGGGCGCCCGUGUUCCACGCCAGGGUUUUUUGGGGUGGUUUCGUUUUGUCUUAUUUUUUUGGGGCGGUUUUGGGGUUUUUUGGGGGUGGUUUCGUUGUUUUUUUAAUUUUUGGGAUCCCCCAAAGCGCCCUGGUCCCCUCUGACCACCCCUAACACACAUCCCCACCUUUUACAGCGGCUUUUUUAAAACAAAUUUUGCCUGGAUUGAAGCGGAUUUUGGUAUUUUUGGCUCAGCUCCGGGUGGUUUUCGAGUGGGGAGGGGUUUGGAUAAAGGGGUUACCAAAAAAAGGGGGGGAAAAUGUUUUUUUUUUGCGGGGGAUGAAAGGGUUUUUUGAGGUGGAAAAUUUGUUUGAAGAAGGAAGAAGCGUUUUGGCAGAAAAUGUUUUAUGGGGAAGGGAAGGUGUUCUUUUUUGGGGUGGAAAAAGUGUUUUUCAGGAGAUAAAGGCUUUCAGGGAGAAAUAAAUGUUUUUGGAAAAGAGUUUUUUGGGUGGGAAGGAGGAUUUUUGGCGAGUUAAGGUACAGUUUUGACGAGGGAAAUGCAUCUCGUGGGUCAAGCCGGCUUUUUUGUGGGGGGAAAAAAAAGCAUUUUUAGGGAGAAAAAAAGUUACAUUUUGACAGAAGACGCAAUUUGGAGGGAGGAAAUUCAGUUUACCGUGGGGAAAUUCAGUUUUGCUCGGAGGGGCGAGGCGAAUUUCCUCAACAACACAGCUUUUAGGGGACAAGAGAAGGGAAAAGCCGUUGGUUU